UAAAGAAUGAUUAAACUAAUUAAAAACUUCCUAUUCCUAGGUACAUUGAAACAGCACCUUUUCCUUUACUCUCCGCAGCGGUAGACGUUACCGGAACCUCUAGCGGUUUCAAUCCCCUGCUUUACUCGUAGAUAAGUUACCGUAGUCUUCCACUUUAAGCGGUGGUUAUUUGAAUCCAGCUGGGGCAAAAGAACAAUUAUACGAUCUAGGGAAGUGGGUCGUAGAAAAUGUGGAAGAAUGGAGUUGUAGAGGAUUAUCCAUGGUAUCCGACACGUUUAUAUGCCUCGCAGGGUGCUUCUCAGAACACGUGGUGUGAAAGAAUAUUUUGUCGGGAUCCCACAUUUUUUUAUCCGCUUCAAGGUAUUUGACUCCAAAAUCAGAAUCUUCCCCACCCAGAAAGAGAGAGUUUCGUAGAGAUUGGCCGGUGGGUUUCGCCGGAAAAUCUGAGUUCCCGGCCAAAUGAUGAACCAGAAUUCAGAAGACUGGCUACCACCGGGCUGGACUGUGAAGAUCAAAGUAAGGAAGAGUGGCAAAAAAGAUAAGUAUUAUUUUGAACCCUCAAGUCAAAUGAGAUUUAAUUCUAGGGCAGAGGUGUCUAGAUAUCUCAAAACUGCUGCAAUCUAUCAUCCUGAAUCUGAAGAGAGCAGAAUCGUCGAGCAACCGGUGAACAAUGUGGAAGUUAAGAAGGCUAUAGCAGAAGAGUUACCUCCAGGAUGGAUCAGAGAAAUCAGAGUAACAAGGAUUGCUAACAGGAUAAGAAGAGAUUCAUUUUACAUUGAUCCUGUAACUGGCAAUGCACUUCGCUCGAUAAGGGAUGUACACCGGUAUCUAACAACUGGAAAAGUGAGCCGGUUAGCAUAUAAAUCAAGGAACCAAAGAAACAGCGAACUUGAGUUUCAAAAUGAUGAUAUCUCUGUAAGUGCUCUCAAGUCACCUGCUGUCUCCAAGAAAGAGAUGCUAACGAUUGGCAAAGCAAGGAGACAGAUUGUAUGGAGUCAGAACUCAUCAGAACCCAGUGAAAUAAUAAAUGAUGAAGCUUUUUUUCAAAAUUCUGUGGGUGUCAGAGAAAGCAUGCCCCUUUCAGAACCUACUUCUGGUUCUGGUCAUGAUCAUGUGAAUGUUGCAGGGGGGAUAGGGACUAAAUUGCACAACCCAACUCUAGCAGAGGCAAAAGAUCCUGAGCAAUCAAAGGAAAAGAAUGAUUUUUCUGAAGUUGUGUCGACUCCAGUUAAAUCCAUCCCGCACAAACUUGCUAUUGAAAAUGAGCCAACAAAGAAUGAAAUUAAAAAGAGACAGAGGAAAAGUAAAGACAUGAACUUGCCUCGCCGAGCUUCAAAACGACUUGCAGGGCUCGAAGCUGAUCCCGUGCUUGAAGUAAAAGCAGGUCGCCGAGCACGUCCUCUUGCAUCUGAAGAGUCUGAUACACAAGUAUCCAGUUCAACUAAGUGGGCAUCUCAAUGCUCUGAGAACCCAGACGUCAAGCAUGAAACAAAGAGCAUAAUUGACCGUCGUAAAAGUACCGACACAAAUCCAGAUUCAAGUAGAAAGGAAGAUUCUGAUGUAAAACAAAGCCCUCUCCUUCAGCUGUCUGUUGAGGACGUUAAGAAGGUAAAAUCUGAGGAUGCAUAUGAAGAUAAGGCUGACGUAAAACAAGGCCCUCUCCUUAAGCUGCCUGUGGAGGACUUAUUGACUGAUCCUUGCAUUGCAUUUGCAGUUAAAACUCUCACUGGGGGUGUUUUUGAUGCAUCCAUAAGCUCAGAAGCAUUACUGGUUCCAAACAAUAUCGAUCGUCCUUCCACUGUCUACGCCGCUCCAAAUGAGAAAAGAACUGUAGAACCAGAAAGUAAGCUUGCUGAGAAGUUGCCGUCUCCAGAACUUCCUGUUGAUAAUGUUGUCAAGAAGCUAGAAUCGACUCUGGAGUUGCCUGUUGGGGAAAUACUGGCAGACCCUUGUAUAGAAUUUGCGAUUAAAACUCUUACCGGCGAAAUCCCACUGGACAACAAUCUAGAUAUUGAGGAUUACUUUCACCAACUUGGCUCCUCAAAAGCCCAAGGAACCAGUGCAAACGUCUCGAAACAUGUUGGUUCGGAUCACUUCUAUUCAAAUGUUCUUAGCCAGAAGCAGCAGCCUAUUCUAGCUCUUGCAGCAUCUCCAAGUAUUAACUUCCGAAGCUGUGGAACUGGUUUGCUCGGACAAGAAAGGAACAGAAACAACGAGUUCCAAAGGCGCUAAUACUAACUUCAUAUCCUGUACAGUUUUGGUUGACUACUUAGAAAACAAACUUUUCCAUUUUUCUGUUUUGCUAGUUUUGUUAGUUUUUGUCAGCCAACCUCUUUUGACCAAGUUUUGCUCACCUUACCUCCUGGGCAAUAUGAUGUGCUAUGUGAUGCCUUAAAACAGGACUUGAUUUUGAUUUUAA